UCUCUGAGCAGGAAUGUGGAAACGGGGAGUUCAGUCAGUCAGCGCUGCACGUUUCUGCACCGCACGCGAGUGAAUAAUUGACCUCGGUUAAAUAUAUUGAUGAGGAGGAAGUGAUUUGUGAACGGUUUCUGCGGUCACUUUUUUUUUUGGAAGGUGGGAGGAUUAACAUUCUUCGGUCGAACGCAUAAUUCCCCUUCUCUUUUCCUCGACUGGAGAAAAGUUUGCUUUGAGACCCAACACAGCUGGAGUCAGCGGAUGGGAAUAACCUCUCAGUGGACACCGAGCGCACUUUUAUUCCGGAGGUCUCCCAACAUGGACCGGGAGUCACUGAGAAGGUGAAGGCUGCUAGUGAUAAAUGCUCACCGCGAGGCUUCCCUACCACACUGCGACUGCUCAUAUAACUGCUGUUAGUUCAGUGACUGUGUGAACCACUCGCAGGCUUGUUUACCAUGGCGUCUAGUCUCACAUGCACAGGCGUUAUCUGGGCCCUGCUGUCCCUGCUGUGCGCUGCCGCCUCCUGCGUUGGCUUCUUCAUGCCCUACUGGCUGCUGGGGACACAGAUGGACAAGCCGGUAUCCUUCGGCACGUUCCGCCGCUGCUCCUACCCGGUGAGGGACGAGGAGAGGCAGGCCACGGUGAUGCUGGAGCAGUGCGGCCGCUACGCCUCCUUCCUCGGCAUCCCCAGCCUGGAGUGGAGGAUCUGCACGGUGGUGACGGGCAUGGGCUGCGGCCUCCUCCUGCUGGUGGCCCUCACAGCUCUCAUGGGCUGCUGCAUCUCUGACCUCAUCUCACGUACAAUCGGCCGCGUCGCCGGCGGCAUGCAGUUUGUUGGAGGUCUGCUCAUAGGAUCUGGCUGUGCACUCUAUCCACUGGGAUGGGACAGUGAGGAAGUGCAGCAGACCUGCAACAACAGUUCAGACCAGUUUCAACUAGGUUCCUGCCAGAUCGGCUGGGCGUAUUACUGCACAGGGGCCGGGGCGGCGGCUGCCAUGCUGCUGUGCACCUGGCUGUCCUGUUUCGCGGGGAAGAAGCAGAAGCAGUACCCGUACUGACGGGAGGGAAACGGGGCCAGGCAGAGACCCCGGGCGAAACGAGGAAAGCGAGAGGACUCCGACCCUGCGGACUCGCACCAGUACAGCACAUCAGGCACCAAAGACACCAAGUCGUUAUGGUGCGUCAUGGGACACAACUCGUCUGACAACUGCAGGGACUGUUUCAUAAUGCAAGACACACACGCAGACACAUGGCUUUGAAAAACUUGUUCUUCUCUCAAGAGCUGUUCUUAAAUUAAAAAUGUAUGGACCAAUCCUAUUUGUAAAAAUGUUACAUUUCUUUAAGAGUAUUCUCUUUCUUUCUUUCUUUUUUUGUCUUCCUCCUCUUCAGUCAUUGAUGUUUAUGUGAAUAGUGUUCCCUGAUGAUGAUGAAGAGAAAAGUCAUCUUGCUUCGUUGUUACGUGAAGUGUUUCCGUGUCCUCUUCAUGUCUCAUCCUUGCCUUAAACACAAACUGAAAUGCAAUAAUCCCUAUAAUGUAAAGCAAUCCAACACUGGCUGCCUGCUUCCUCGACUCAACCUGUUCAGAUCCCAAAAGUCUAAGCAUAGUUUAUUUAACACAUUCAUAAGAUGAUAUACGUCGUGUACGAUAAUGUAUUUUAUCAUAUUAGCACAUGUUUUGUAUCCACUCUUCGAAGUAUUCUUUGUCAUUAUUUUCGUUUUGUAAAUAAAUGUUUAUUGAAAUAUUG